UUUCUAACCCUAACAAACAGAUGAACGAAGCCGUUACUGCGGUACUUAUUACUUGCGCGUAGCACGUCCUGCUGUUUUCACGUGCACUACUCUAGCACGUCACUAGAUGGCGCGGGACUCUCGUCUGCGUCUGGCCUCGAGCCGACUCUGGCUCGCACGUGCCGCAGCGCAUGGACAGAAUGUGCGCCGCUUCACAAGGUGUUGUCGUCGUUAUCUUUGGACGGGGCCCGCCACCUCGGCUCCCCAUUGGCUGCGCGCUGUGACCGACGGCUCGUGCUCCUGCGCUUGUAGCGUGGCAUUGUGGGCGUGGCUACUGCGGCUCAUUUUAAUAGAGUUUGUUUGUGGACAUGCGGGAGUCCUCGUGACGUGACCUGCUGCAAAGUUGGUUGGAAGUGAAAGAAGUCCGAGCUGAGAGCGGCCGCGGUCACACGAAGCCUUUCUCUCCGUUGCUUUCGUCUUUUAGACAUUUUCUAAGCGUUCAUCAUGUCGGGCGACCGACCAGAUCUGCUUUGGCGACAGGAGCGAGUUCCUGAUCUGCUCAAGUCUUUGGUCUGAUUACCCGCUCCUCCUUUCCUGCCUUCGACGAUGGCGGUGACGCUCGGAACCAUCUGGACCUUACCCCCGGUUUUGCUUGAGAGCUUGUCAGGGAAACAAUGCCCGGUGAAGCCGCGGUGGCUGUGGCGCUUCAAGCCAAGCGAUUCCGUCAUUACAGCGGCCCCGCAGAAGUCGUUUCCCUUUGUUAUUAAGAAGAUUAUGGACAUCCCGCCUCCGAACAUCCUGGAGGAAGGCGACGAUGAAAUGGAGAAGGAGAAGCUGUGCUCCUCCGAGGACAUGGAGGGAGGCGGCGGUGGGGCGGGAGCUGCCAGUGCCGGUGCAGGUUCACGAGGAGGAGGCGGUGGUGGCGGUGCUGGAGGGGUGUCCGCCUCCUUGACCCCAGCCAUAUGGGACAAGACCAUUCCCUAUGACGGGGAGACCUUCCACCUGGAGUACAUGGACCUGGAUGAGUUCCUCCUGGAGAACGGCAUCCCAGUGAGCCUGGAAGAGGAGGAGCUGCAGAAGACCCUGAGCUCCGGGGAAUACAAAGGCAAUCCAUCUCCCAAGGUUCUUACCACCGCUACCACUACAACUGUUGCUGCUCCGGCUCCGACUCGCCGCCGCUGCAGCAGCGCCGCCCCCUUCAGCCUCCGCCGUCACCGCCGUCACCGAGAACCAGAGGAAGCCAUGACGGUCACUACGUUACAACCAGCCAAGCUGGAGGACGAGGAGGAGAUGAGGAGGAAGAAGAGGAAGAGGAGGAGGGGAAGAGAAGAAGAGGAGGAGGAGUCUGUGACUGAACCUGCAGCAGCAGCACCGGUGGAAGUGAAGAAGGAGAAAGGAGAACGCAACACGCCGUCCCCUAUUGACCCCGAGGCCAUCGAGGUGGACAUCAACUUCCAGCCGGACCCCACAGACCUGGUGCUGUCCAGCGUUCCGGGUGGAGAGCUGUUCAACCCGCGCAAGCACAAGUUCUCUGAGGACGAGCUGAAGCCGCAGCCCAUGAUCAAGAAGGCCAAGAAGGUGUUCGUCCCCGACGAGCAGAAGGAUGAGAAGUACUGGUCCCGCAGGAAGAAGAACAACAUGGCAGCCAAGCGUUCCCGCGACGCGCGGCGGCUGAAGGAGAACCAGAUCACGGUGCGCGCCUCCUUCCUGGAGCGCGAGAACGCGGCGCUGAGGUCGCAGGUGGCCGAGCUGCGCAAGGACUGCGGCCGCUGCAAGAACACCCUGGCCCGGUACCAAGCCAAGUACGGCCCCCUGUAAAGGCGCCCGGGCUGAGAAGCAUCCGCGAGACCGACGCAGAACAUCCUUCCCCGCAGAAUUCAACACAGACACAAACACCACGGGAUCUAAAUUUGCACCCUUGUCUUUGCCGACCUUCAGUCACUGCGUCUCGCUCCAGCUUUCCAACGCGGCGCUGGAACUUUGGACACACACUGACAGGCAGCAAGGCAUGAUGGGAAGCUGUGGUCAGGAAGGCCUGUGGAGGGUGCCUGGCUCAGGGUGACUGGAUGAACUCCCAGUCACAUGGAAAACAUGGUCUGUGUCCAGAAAGUCAGGCGGAGGCAGAGAGGGAAGAGUCACAGGCUUUUAAAUUGACACAAAUCAGUUUUUAUCGCUGCACAGCACUUCUUCUUAGUGGACCAAAGCAUGAGAACCGGCAGCAGUGGCGCGUUUAAACGGCGCGUGCCUCACUUGUGUGUAGCAGUUGCGUUCUUGCUGGUUCCUCCUCAGCGGAAGGAGCCGUUGCUUGAAGUGGCGGCAGAGCGGACGAGGACGGGGCGAUCACACCCUGAGCUGAGCGGAACCGGGCCACGCGGAGGCCGGUCCCACAGCCGCCGCCCCGUUGCAGCUCUUCCCUAUAAUCCACUGCACAGAACAGCGCUGUUUCAAACAUAUUUGUACGUGUAGUCACCUCUGCACCAUAUAGACGUGUGUGUUGGUGUGUAAUCCAUUUUUGCACUUUUUCUUGGGGGGUGGGGACAAAAAAAGGACUUGGUGGCAGGUCUACCGCCACAGUAGCUAAUGAGGAAAAACAAAUGCAUGAGCCACAGUUUCACGGGACCAGCUCCCAGAGCCUCGCGGCUUUUACUACAGACGCAGGAUUAGUGUGUAGCUGACAGUGGAAGGCAAACGCUGGAUGCCGAGGAGGGCCCUCCCCGCGGGCGUCCGUGCACACGUAGGGAUGUUUAUUUUACUGCACACUGCAAGUAGAGGGCGCUAGAGCCGCCGCGUGCCCUUGGGCAGAGCAGCGCUGGCCGGGUGGAGGGUUUUAAUCUUGCGUUUCUUUUAGCCGGGCCCGAAGGUGACUGCUCCGAAACCGUGUAAAUAAACAACUGUCUCAUGGUCUUUAUUUCCUAAUAUAAGGACUGUGUCUUUAUUAAUCAAUACUGUUUCCUGUUUUUGCCAAAUAUUCAAUGAGUGCUGUAUUUAUUCUGAAGGUAAUAACGCAUCUGUUGAUUGUGAUGUACAACGAUAUGUCAGAUAAAUCUAAUAAUGAAAUGAAACCAGUGACUAAGCAGGGAAUUCAAUGGGAAAACUGUGCUUUUAAAACAAAAAGGUUUCUAUCGUUGGGUGGGAUUCUUUUCUACAUGUAACCGCAGCAGACAGACGACAGGGCACCUUCUCAUUUACCUCGUCCUCGCUCUCGAGGGCUCCGAGGGUUCUGCACGGCUUCAGGCCGCUGCUGUUUGAAGCACAUGAAAAUCAGCUCACUUCCAUUUGGCAAACGUUGAAUCUCAGUCGAUGCGUUGCAUCGUUUUUGCCAAAGUGGUCGAGUCUGAGACUAAAUUAGUAACAACUUUGCAGACUGUUAUGGGACUGUGUAUCUGAAGCAUCGGAGGCUGAUGCUUAUGUUGUGAGCAGUCAGCUUUUGCUCAUGGUUAAAAUAAAUGUGGCAAUAAUACUCUGUUAUGUAAUGCUUGUUUUAUUUCAGUGAUGUUGUUGUAUGUAAAACUGCUAUGAUGUAUUUGGUAGAAAAGCCCUGAAGUCGUUUGUGCUUCCAGUUCCGAUCCUGUGUCGUCUGGGAUCCUAAUGCAUGACACCCAGUCAAGUUCUCGUUUCUUUUCUAUUCUACACCAAGUGUACUUAUGUCCAUAGACCAUCGCUAAGACUUGAUUGUGGACGGUUGAUGGUCUGUCGUACGUUCCGUAAAGAGAAAAGCAGAACGUGUGAUGAUGAUGAUGAUGAUGAUGAUGAUUGGCAUUAUGGCUCCAGUUAUCCCUCGACCAUCAGCAUCCUUGAUCAACGUGGAUCGUUUUCUUUUUCUACAGAUCGAUCUGGAUCCGCUGGUGAUUCUGUGUUUUCUUGACCGUUGUGUUCGUUUCAGUUCUCUGAUGGUGUCGUUCUUUGCCAUGUGCUUUGUUUUGCGUAGACAUUCAGACUUGGCAUCGACUGCAUUGUGCUGCAGUUGAUGAAUGCAAACACUUAUUAUUUUAUAAAGGAAUUAAAAUAUUCUGAUUGAGACUGUCUAGAGUUACUGUCCAAAAGAACCUUUGAAAAGACAAUUAAUAAAGGUUGUUUAUAGAACAGAA